AUGGCCCCUCCUCUGGUUGGCCAGCACCCAACCGGCGUCCCAGAGGAGGGUAAAGAGGGGUCAAGCAGUACCACUGGCCCCUCGGGCUUCGGCCCAGAACCUGCCCCAACCGACCAGGCCGACCAGGCGGUUGAGGGCUCGAUGGUGGACCUCUUGGACUUCUCGUCCACCUCAAGAUUUGAUGGCAGCUCCAGUACGAGUGAGGAGCACUCAACGCUCCACAGCGUCCCAUCAAUAAUGUCCCUUGAAGCCUUCGAUGAGAAUGCAGCCUCUGAAGAGCCAUUAGAAGAUCAAAAUGCCCGCAUUCGAUGGCAAAGAAACUUCUGGAAGGAGCAGUGCCGCAUAAUUUGGGAGCGGCAGGCCACAUUGGAAAGAAAAGUUGAAUUCUACCAAGAAGCCCUGAAAGAGGCGGAACUUGAGGCCAAGAAGGCCAAAGAAGCCGCCUCCGCCGCCAUCAAAAAGGCCGAAGAAGAAAGGGCACUGAAGGAAGAGGCAGAGAAAGAAGUCUCCGAAUUGCAAGCCCGCCAUCGAGAACACCUUCGGACAGCAGUCGCCGACGGCCGGCCACCAAGGGCCGAAAGAUCCAGGUCCAGAAGCCCGCUGAUGACGACAGCGUGGUCAAUAACGCCAACAACUGCGGACAUCCUAAGGAUUGACGUCACCCAGCCUCCAGUGACCCAACACUCGCCGCCACCUACAGAAGCACAAAAUCACGAGGCUCCUGGGCCUUUACGAAGGAUGCCAAACUGCAAAAGGCGUUGUUGCCUCCAGCCCUCAGUCGACCCUCAACGUCCUCGGCCCCACCGAAGGUCGAGGGAACUUCAAGGACUUGGCCCAGUGCUUCAAGAAGAGGACAAUGGCCCAGAAGAACACCAACGUCCACGAAGGGAACGAAGACCUCCUUCACGGCUCAUCGUGGACAUGUCGAGCCGAUCGUAUCGGACUUCACAGGAGUCCAGGUUGCCUCGUAAGUCAAUUUUUUCGAUAUCUUUACCAUUUUUACCCAAAACGCCCUUCAAAAAUUAUCAAUUUCGCAUUUUUUCAAACGCUAUAUUUACUAUCGCAAUCUUAAUCAAUAACAUCAAGAUUUUUUCAGGUCGAAGGGCAGUAAAUCCCUAUUAAGUGGUCAGAAACCCAACUCGGCGCAGUCAUUCAUGCCUAAUAACGAUGCCUAAUAACGUAAGUUUUUCGCAGCGUCCCCCCAAUAAUUCUAAUCUUUUAGCAAUUUGCCCAAUUAAAACUUACGACAAGCAACCACGAGAUCAUGUGUCGUCCAAAUGCACUCAAACCUUAGUUCGACCGGCUGGAACAAGAAAAAUGUAAGUUUUUUGCAAAACUGUUUUUGCGAGCUGCGCCCGAUAUAAGAACAAUUGCGUUUUGUUAUACACUGUUGGAUUUUGGGGGCAUAUUGUAGAAGAAAAUCGUAGCAUUCGCGGUAAAAUGACUCGUAACGAUCGAUUUUUUCAGAUGCCCAAUUCGUGAACAGCCGGAGCACCCGGCCCCCCAUUUCAUCCGGGGGCCCUCUGGAAUACUUGCGGGUGCUCGGUGAGAUCAAAUAAUGUAAGAGUUUGGUGUUUGAAGAGUUUUUGAUCUUAAUUUAGACUAAAGCAAUAUAAUUUAAUUAUUUUCAGAUGAAGAUCGAUCCAAAGGGAAGAAAGGCACCCGAGCCCCCUGAAUCAGCCCGGGGGGCCUUUGGAACAAAUACAGGGUGCCAUCUUCCCCUUGUUUUGGUCAAUUUGCGGCCGAAAUUAGGUAAGUUUUCGUGUUGUAUUUACAUUUUUUAUCUUAUUUUUUGCAGAUCUCGUUCAAGCAAGACUGAACUGAGAGGGGGAGAGCACCCUAGCCCCCUGAAUGAGCCCGGGGGGCUUCUGGAUCGCAAAAGGGUGCUCUUCCCCGUUUGUGGUCGAAGCCGGAGCACCCCGGCCCCCCACUUGAUCCGGGGGCCUUCUGGAAAAUAAACGGGUGCUCGGCAGGACCACAAAAUGUAAGAUUUUGUUGUUUUUUAGAGUUUUUGAUCUUAACCUAGAAUAAAGUAAUAUAAUUCCAUUAUAUUUUCAGAUGAAGACCGGUCCAAGGGAAGAAAGGCGCCCUGGCCCCCUGAAUGAGCCCGGGGGGCCCUUGCAAGAAUUAAAGGGUGCCAUCUUCCCCUUGUUUGGUCAAUUUGGGACGGAAAUCAGGUAAGUUUUCGUGUUGAAUUUAUAUUUUUCAUUUUAGACCCUAGACGAAAGUAAUGUAAUAUGAGUUAUUUUCAGAUGAAGUUUGAUGCACUUCUUCCCGAGAAAAAAAUUUUAAAGAAUCAGAAAAAAAUAAGAAAAGGGAAAAAAGAAAAAAAAUAAAAAAAAGAAAAAAAUAUGCAAAGGCCAAAACAGAAAAGGCAAAAAAAAGAAGAGCCAAAAAAAUAACAAAGGCCAAAAAAAAGAAAAAAUAUAUUUUUUGAAAAAACGAGAAAAAAGCCAAAAGGCAAAAAGAAGUAAAAAAAUUAUAAAAAUAUUUGUACCUGAAAUUCAAGUAAAAAUUGUUUGAAAACAUAUUCGGCCAAGUCAGCAAACCCAACCAGUUGUUCCCAGCGGAUGUCUACGACGAGAUUAUUGCCCCGGCCUGCCUCUACGCCCGAAAACACAACCUCUUCAGCUGACCAAUGCCCUCGGAACCCAUCCCGAGGUAAGUUUUACCAUGGAUAAUAUAAAAUUUUUGACAAGGAAAGUACUUCUAUGGCGUAUGGAGUUACAGGUCGCGUCAUAUAUCAAAAAAUUCACAAAGUUUUUCUGAUUCAAAACAUAUAAAAGUUAGCUGCCUUAUCUUGGUUUGUAAAGGUGAAAAAAUAUUCAGAAGUUUUCUCGCAACACCACGCAAAUGCGUUUUUGACAAAGUUUUUACCAAAUCAAAAGCUUUUUUUAGCUAAAGUGAACCCUGGCAUCUUGACAAACCUUAAAAUAUCAAAUUUAAUUAAUACGACACCUUAAUUAGUCGUUCCAAUAUAAAAAAGGGGAAUUUGUGUGGUGUUGCGAGAAAACUUCUGAGGAUUUUUUCGCCCUUACACACCAAAAUUAGACACCUAACUUUUACAUGUUCUGAAUCAGAAAAACUUUGCGAUUUUUUUGAUAUAUGACUCGACCUGGAACUCUAUACCCCAUAGAAGUACUUUCCUCGUCAGAAAUUUUAAAACUUUCGUAAUAACGGAGAAUUUUCUUGAUCGGGGAAAGAGUUGACUCAUCUUGGUCAAGUCUUCCUCUCUUGACGAAACACGAAAUAUUGCGUAGAUUGAGUUUUUUGCAGGAGGAGCGGGCUGUGUUUUUACGUUGUUUUCAGUAAAUUUUCUUACUUUUCAGAGAUCCUCGCUCUUCAAGGCCCGCUACCGAAAGGAUAAGAGAAAGAAAAAAUGUAAAAAAAGUAAAAAAAAAAUUUUUAAAUGGCCAAAAAAAAGAAAAGCCAAAAAAAUUGAAAGGCCAAAAAAGAAAAGGCAAAAAAAAGAAGAGCCAAAAAAAUCAAAGGCCAAGAAAAAAAUAUACUAGUCGCGACAUAAAGUCCUGAGAAAUUUGCACAGUGCAUUUUUGUUUUUCUUUCGUACGCGUCGCGGCAAUUCCCCACUUUUGCACUAGCGACAUGCACUUUCGCGCGAGCUUGCCAUUUUUCUCGCGCGACAUCCGCGACAAAUGUGUCAGGACUUUAUGGCGCGACUAGUAUUUUUUGAAAAAAACAAGAAAAAAGCCAAAGAAAGGCAAAAAGAAGUAAAAAAAUUUUAUAAGUAUAUUUGUACCUGAAAUUCAAGUAAACAUUGUCUGAAACCAUAUUCGGCCAAGUCAGCAAACCCAAUCAGUUGUUCCCAGCGGACGUCUACGACGAGAUUAUUGCCCCGGCCUGCCUCUACGCCCGAAAACACAAGUUCUUCAGCUGGCCAAAGCCCUCGGAAUCAUCCUAAGGUAAAUUUUGCACAUGGAUAAUAUAAAAUUUUUGAAAAAUUUGAAAACUUUUCUCGUAAUUACACUUGUAGUCAUUCCAAAGAUUACUGAAAGCCUUACUGAGCCGUCCGCUUUAUUUCAGACCCAAGGAUGACACCGAUCCAUCAGUAGUUCGUCUGCUCUACUGUGGUGUUGCAGUUUUUGCCCAUCGCGGAGUCCUCCAAGCCCCUCGACAAAGAAUUGGUCUAUUUUAA